AAAACUGUCUGAUGUAGCAUUUGUCUUCUUUGCUUUUGAAAUAACUCAAGAGAUUUAUGAAUCGACAAGAAUAUUAAUGCAUAUGCAUGUGUAUGUGUAAGUCAGAAUAUGGUUGAUUUUCUGGGGACUGCGAUAUUGGAGUGAACAUGUUUUGACAGUUUUGUUUAGAUCUUUAAGGGUUCUUUUGGCUAUCUUGUUUGAAAGAAAUUUUUAGCCCUCACGAAGGAGCUGAAAAGAAAAGAUGAAGCAGAGAGAAGUUUGGGCAGGGACAGGUGGGGAAGGAAAUAACUUUUUGGGGCAUCAUGAAUACUUGAUUUUGGGGUCGGGGGUGGAGGGGGUGGAAACUGCGGAUUCUGGUGCUUGGUUUCGGAUUAAACACCAUCCUAUUAUUUUUCCUUUUCGGUUCUUGCUGAUAUUUUUAUUUAUCAAGGUCUUGCGGUUUCACCAGGAAGAUCGUGCUCCAGAAUCAUUUCAGCCUCCUGUAGACUUGCCAAAAUCUGAAAUGAUGUCUUCUAAGAAGUUGCAAGGAAGUUUAACUGAGAAAACAUUAUCUUCUGAAGAGCAACAGGCCAAGAUCAAUGAAACAAGAAAAUUGAUUGGUCCAAUUGCUGAUAAGCUUCCAGUCCUGUGUUCCAAUGCAUCAAUAUUGAGGUUUCUUAGAGCUCAGAACUGGAAUACAAAGAAGGCAGGCAAGAUGCUGAAGCAAACCUUGAAGUGGAGGCUGGAGUACAAGCCAGAGAAGAUCCGAUGGGAGGACAUUUCUCAUGAAGCUGAGACGGGAAAAGUAUAUAUGGCAAAUUACUUUGACAAGUUUGGACGAAUUGUUCUUAUCAUGAGACCUGGUUAUCAGAAUACGAACUCAACAAGUGGGCAGAUCAGGUACUUGGUAUACUGUAUGGAACAUGCCAUUAAAAAUUUGAAUUUAGAUCAGGAGCAUAUGGUGUGGCUAAUUGAUUUUCAAGGGUGGAACACAUCAAGCAUAUCGAUGAAGGUGACUCGGGAAACGGCUCAUAUCCUGCAGCAUCAUUACCCAGAGAGGCUGGGACUCGCAAUUCUCUAUAAUCCGCCAAAAGUAUUUGAGUCCUUUUGGACGAUGGUAAAACCAUUUAUUGAGCCCAAAACCUUCAAGAAAGUGAAGUUUGUCUACCCCAAACACCCAGAAAGCCAGAAGAUAAUGGAAGAGCUCUUUGAUAUGGACAAGUUGGAAUCCGGAUUUGGUGGGAGAAGUUCAGCUGGUUUUGUCUACCAAGAUUAUGCUCAAAGAAUGAUGGAAGAUGAUGGGAAAAUUUCUGAUUUAAUCGACUCUGGUGGUUUAUCUCCAUCAUUAUCAUCUGCAAUGUCUGAAUGCCAGCAAUCAGACUCAUUGGUUACUGAUCAUUGUUCAGAGGCCUCGGAUGAAUCAUCCGGUGAUGAAGCAGCUUCUUCAAACUUGGAGGUUGUUGACGAGAAAAUACAAGCCCAUCCAUCACCAAGCUCCAAUGAUGUUGCAAAUGGAACCCAGCUAGGGAAGGGAAGGGGAUAUGGCGGAACCUAGCUUAUGAAGUGAAUAUGCUAAGUGUAUGUCGAAGUGAUGAAAGGGGUUGAAGUUUAAUCUGGAGAAGAUGUGGUAGUAGCUUUAAAGAAGACGAUGUCAUUUGGGUUGAAGUAAAUAAGACGUUGCAUUUUAUGUGGCUUGAAGCUGUUGGUUUUGGGAGUCAAGAUGUGUGUUUUGCUAGGCUUUACAAUUUAAGUUGUCUGUCAUUUUCGUAGGAUUUUAUCUUCUGUCAUUUUAUACUUUUGUAUGUUUCUGUUUUGGAGUGGUUAUAUGGGGAUGUUGAGCGAAUUGUAGAAAGGGGAAGGAAGAGAGUGAGAUGAUUAUUCUGGACUUAUCUUGUAAGAACUAUGUUACAUGGGAGGAAGGAUUUGCCUCGAACAAAAUCCAACAUAUCAAUACAAUCUUUCCUUUCCAUUCUUUGAA